AUGCAGUGGGUAGAAAACGUUACAGCCGAGAUCGGAGGCUUUAGAGGCCUAAUAAAAGACAUUGUGAACAAGAUCAGUGCAAAUAAAAUAGAUCCAUGCUCAGCAUUACCGAGAUCUAAAGGUGUUAUUCUUCAUGGCAAACCGGGUGUAGGAAAAACAGCACUGGCAAUCUCUAUUUCAAAGCAUUCGGGUCAACCUUAUUACAUGUUGAAUAGCUCAGAUAUUUUCUCUACAGAGGAAGGAGCGAGUGAAAUGAAGCUUGUGCAGCUCUUUGAGAAAGUAGAGCAGCAUGAGGCAGCUAUACUUAUUAUAGAUGAAAUUGAUAUCAUCUCUGGAAGAGCAUCAACAAGGAAAAGCAAGCUUGAUAUCCGUAUAUUCUCUGUCCUUUUGCAUCUAAUAGAUCAGCUAGGAAAGAAUGGAUUUAUUAUAGGGACAACCAGUAGAUUACACGCCAUUGAUCCUGUGUUUACAAGAUCUGGAAGGCUUGACAUGGUAGUAGAAAUAGCAACCAAAUUACCUCAACAAAGAUAUGAAAUAUUACAAAUCAUAACGAAAUCCUUACCAUUUGAAUCUGCUGAUGAACAGAAUACGAUAUUAAGAGAAAUUUCAAAAGUGACGCAUGGAUUUACUCCCAGUGACUUACAAAGUGUUUGCUCUCAAGUUAUCUUUCAAUUAAUCAGACAGCAAACAGAACAAAAGGAUCAAACAGCCAAAUUACAUCAUUUUAUGCAGGCAUUGACUGUUAUAAGGCCAUCUAGUUUAAAUGAAUUUGGAUCAAGAGUACCACUUGUUACCUUCUCUGAUCUUUAUGGCUUGAACGAUGUCAUACAAGAGCUUAAAGCAUGUGUCAUCGAACCCUUCCAUCACCCAGAAAGGUAUAUACAACUUGGCAUUAUGCCACCCAAGGGUAUCUUACUACAUGGACCUACUGGCGUGGGCAAAACAAUGUUAUGUUCAGCAUUAGCCUCAGAAGCUGGAGUUAAUUUUAUGCUUGUUGAAAGCUCGCAAAUACGGUCAAAGAUAGUAGGAGAAUCAGAAAAGGCUGUUGCUAAACUAUUUGCCCAAGCAAGAGCAAACUCACCUUGUAUACUCUUUAUCGAUCAGAUUGAUAUGCUACUGCCUAAAAGAGGCACCAGUCAGUCCACUGAAAACACCAGCGAUCGUAUUGUCACCAGUUUUUUAACAGAAAUGGACGGCCUAUUAACAAAGACAUUGGACAACAACAACGCACAGAUUGAUCUUCUUGUCAUUGCAGCAACUAACCGCAUUGAGACAAUGGAUCCAGCAGUACUCCGGCCUGGUAGAUUUGAUGAGCGUAUCCAUAUACCCUUACCAGAUAGCACUCAACGUUUACAAAUUAUCAAAGGCAUUAGCUCCAAAAUGCCAAUAAGCCUAAAUGAUCAAGAGAUAAACGAGCUAGUCCAACAAACGGACAAAUGGUCAGGAGCACAACUAGACAACUUGUUUAGAGAAGCAGCUAUGGUAAGCUUGAGAGAGAAUGUAAAUAAUACAGAGGUAAACAUCACCCCCUAUCCAUAUUGA